GCAAACGAGAGAUGUAGUUUACCGUUAUCUUUGAAGUAUUUUAUACCCGUGCAUUAAACCGCAAGGAACAGAGAGGAUCCAUUGAAUCUUGAGGAGCAGCCAAGAAUACAAUAGGAUGGAGACAGUAUGUGGUAAAGGAGCGACAUUGGAUGGUGACAUGCUGAUGGUCAUCGUUAAACAAGAGGAAGAAGACCAUAUGGAGCAGAUGUCCAAUGGUCCACUGUCAUCUGACACACUCAUCAAACAGGAGCAAGAAGAGGGCCUAGAACAAGGCACUACAGCUCCAGGUGACCAACUCCCUGAGGAAACCGACACCCUGGAAGAAGCAGAGGAGGGGAUGAAGGGAAAGACCGAAGAGAGGUUCUGGUCUGCAGUUGAGACUGAGGAUGUCUCUGGGUCAGACUCCAGUUGGUGCUGCAGACUGUGUCAGCGCUGCUUCAGUUCCUCCUGGCAGCUGACGGGACACUGUUGUACUGGCAUCGCGGGGGAGGACGGGGUCGCCCACGGCCACAAGGUCAAACUGGAGUUCCGGUGCCCAGUGUGUGGCGACCGCUUCCUCCGCCCCACAGCCUUCAUCAUGCACAAGCGCAGUCACAUGGGCCAGUCCCAGUACGUCUGUGGGGUCUGUGGACGGACGCUCAAGAGCCUGCGCAAGCUGUCCUCCCACAAGCGCUCACACUCCCACCGCCGCGGGACUGUGGCUGAACGACAGCAGUGCCAUGACUGCAGCCAGAGCUUCUGCAACUUGACGACACUCAGAAGCCACCGGGAGAGACAGCAUGGAGAGGAGAGGAACUGGAAGGAUGAGGAGGACAGUGUGGUGAGAGAGGAAGAGGAGGGAAGCACUGCAGUAAUCUCUAAUGAUUCAACCAGAGUUUCAGUAGCCCAGCCUCCCCAGUCUCCUCAGUGCCACCAGUGUUUCAUGACCUUUCAGGAUGCAGAGACAGAAGAGAGGCAUUUACGCUUCAAGCACCCAGUAGAGUAUGAGAGACAUCUCAGAGGUCGCACAGUGUUUGCCUGCUGUGUCUGCAACCGAACAUUCCCCUCUUCCCGCCUGCUCUCAGCUCACCAACGCACCCACAGCAAGUGGAGUCUGCCCCCCACUGGCCCAGAAGACUCUGUCCAAGAAAGCACAGACGGAGGAGAGGCUGAGGGUGUGGACAAUGAAAAAAACAGAGCUGGUCCAACGAGCUGUGAGCAAUGUCAUAUCAUCUUCAAUGACCCUCGAACCUGGGAACGUCACAUGACGGCCAAGCACCCCCCAUCCCUGUCGACACCUACUUCACCAGGGAAUGCCUACCUGACUUCUAGACCUGCCAGGGGUCAACUACGACCCUAUCGCUGCUCAUCCUGUGGAGAGAGAUUCAUACAGGAAAGCACCCUGACCAAACACUGCACCGAGGCACACGCCAGCUGAGAGAGGAUGGUUCUGGGAGCAUAGAUACCAAGAUGAAGAGGACAAGAGAGAAUAUGUCUAGAUCAAUUAGUUGGAGGACAUGGUGCUGCUGAUCCAGGAUUUGUAGUUGCAGACCUUGGUGUAGACACCAGGCUUGUUCCUCUGGGCACAGCCGUAACCCCAGAACACAACACCCUGCAGCUGACCAUUGCACACCACGGGGACACCGGAGUCUCCCUAAUAGAGAGAUGGGGAGACAGAAAUUAAAGCCACAUUCAGGUGUGUCUACGUAACCACACAACAUUGUUGUCAACAAGGGCACUGAGCAGUUCGACUCAGGGAAGGUCAUCAUGCACCCCAGUUACAACAGCCGCAACCUGGACAACGACAUCAAGCUGAGCAAGCCCGCCUCCCUGAACAGCUACAUGUGCACUGUGGUCAUGCCCUGCCAGCUCUGGCACCUGCUGGCUGGGGCAACCUACCCAGCAGAGGCUCCUUCUACCCCGACCAACUGUCCAUCCUGAUCAGCGUCAACAGCACCUACCAUGGACAGAUCACCUCCACAUGUUCUGCGCUGGCUUCGUGGAUGGAGGCAAGGACUCUUGCCAGGGAGACUGUGGUGGGCAAUGGGCAGCUGCAGGGUGCUGUGUCCUGGGGUUACAGUUGUGCCCAGACUAAGAUCUGCAACUCCUGGAUAAGCAGCACCAUGUCCUCCAACUAAUUGAUUUAGACUGGAAGAGACAGAAACCCAUGAUAACUGGUAUGAGAAAAUAAAAACACCAUUCUUUAAAGUGCAUUACUAUGAGUACAAUAUGUGCUUUUAGGAAGGUAUGAAACAAGUAUCUGGCUAGUGCUUAUUAUGUCUAACUUGUAAAGCAAGAGUUGCAGACAACAGCUCAAUCUGUUCAAUGCCAAUUGUGCACUGUUAGCUGGUGGGACGUUUCCUGGAAACUCAAUGAUAUGAGAAUGAACAACUGUCAGUGGAAAUAUGAUAACACAUGAACCAGCAACUGCAAUAGACAUGAGUAGAACAUGCUUUGGUUUCUCUUCAUAGGUUAAUUCAUGGAAAUUACACAAAUGUAGUCUUUCAGUUGUACAGAAAACAUUUUAAAAUGUAGAAUGUUGACAAUAUGCAUACAAUGAACCUAAAUGUGAAGCAUUCCAAUUGUGUAGCUAUUUAGCUAAGACAGAUAAUGAAUAAAGGUUUGUGUUCGUUUGUC